UAGCAGCCUGUGCUUUCAUUUUCUCCGCACAGCCGAGAGCAGGCUGAACUGCAAGGAGAGGCAGGACCGCAGCCCCUCUCUCUCUGUCACGCACGCUGAGCCGGGGGGACAGCAGGAAGCGCGAUGGGCUUCCCCCAAGCCAGAGGGUGUGCAGGCGGAGAGUAGAGUGAGCAGCGCCAGGGGAAGAGAGAGGGAGAGCCCAGCGAGAGAGAGAGAGGAAAUAGAGUAAUCACUGAAACUGCCCUGACCCUGCUGACAGCCUGCACUGGGACCUGACGAUCUUACCACAAAUACCUGCACUUCCCAAGCUAAUCGAAGGCACACAGCAGGGGAGCAGAGGAGGGAAGGAGAGAGGAGAAAGGCUCACACACAAGGAGGCAGAAGAGGAGGAUUCAGUGGGAGUGAGAGAAUGCGAAUUGAGGUGAAGGCCCUGCCCGCCCUCGUGCCGUGAGGAGAGGAGGUUGGCACGCAGGGCUGUGUGCCGGUGAUGGGGGACAAGGAGGAUGCCAGUGUGAGAUGAGCCACACCUGCUGAUUGUAUGGCCCGCUACUUCUCACAGCAACACAAGCCGCUCCUUCUGCCUGCGCUCGGCCUCCAACUGGCACCCUGCCCGCUGCCCCUGCUGGGCCGGUGGACCUGAGAGGGCAGCAGGGACUCGGGGACAGUGACCGGAGCCCUGCACCGCUCCGGCUCUCUCUGCUCUCAAGCACAGCCUCUGCUGCUCAAGGAGGUCAUGGAGCUGCAUCCAAGGACACCAUGAGGAGGACACACCUCACAUCCUGCUGCCUGCAGCGCCAUCAGGAACCACUGAGCCCCAGAGGGCAGGGGUCUGUGCGGGGCAGGGCCUAGAUACCCCCUUGCUGAAGAGCCAUGUGACCCCCCGAGGCUCAGCAUGGCCGUCUGCCAGAGCUGCAGCCCAGAGGAGCAAUUUCCUGAAAGGAUAAGAAUAAAACCACGAGUGCUAAUGUUUGUACUACAGUUCCCAGCGAUACUAAUAAUGACGAUGAUAAUAAUCAAGGAAGCUGUAUCCCAAAUCGGAGGCGAUGUGUAAAGCAGCAGGGCUCUUAACCCUUCGGAAUCGUCUGCCGAAUCCGCGAGCGUCUCCUGCCGCCACAGCCACAGUCCCGAGACGCGCGUGACGAGCAAGGGGGCGAGCCGCUACCGCGGAGACAUGGUCAGCAAGGAGCCCGACCACAUACCGACUCCUGGCACCGGCGCGAACCCGGACAAGGCCAUGACAGUGCGUUCGGUGCUGCUCAACCGCGACUCUCCCGACAUCGAGUCGCGGCUCAAGCGCCGGCGGAACCGCACCCAGCAGGUGCGCUUCAAGGACCUGGAGGAGGACACGGCGGGGGACCCGGGCCGCAGCUCCCCCGCCAGCACAGCGCUCCCCCAGAGCAGGGGGGCCGGCCCCCAGGCUGAGCCCGGAGUCUCUGUGAACGGGGGCUCUUUAGUGGGCACGGUGGGAAGCUUGGAGGGUGUGGCCUCAAUGCUAGCGGGGGGUGCUCCCCGCCACCCCUGGGGACACCAGAGGCCCUGUUCCCUCUCACUGCCCAACCCCCGGCGGAGCUGCAUGAGCACAGCCAUCCAGACCUCCCCCAGCCUGCAGAAGUACCCGCCCGCCGUGCGCCUCCGGAGCCGCAGCAUGGGGGACUUCGGGGACGAUGAGGGGGCAGACGUGGGGCUCAACUCUCAGGACAAGCUGUGGCCCCACAAUGACGUCAAGCAUCUGCCCAGCGCUCAGGAUGGCCCGGCAGGGCUCUGCUGCCUGCGAGGGGACCAGCUGCAAUGUGCUCGAGCCUGCCUCCGCUCACCCCAUGCCCACGCGCUGGGCACCACUGCGUCUCCCAGCCCGGGGGAGCUAAAGCGAAUCCCGACAGGGGAAACCGAGUCUCCUCCUCCGUCUGGGUGUCAGGGCCACAGACUGAGCACGGCGCACGGCUCAGGCUCAGCCCCGACCUGCUCCCCCUGCAACUCCCAUCCAGGCGAGCUGCCAGCAGAGCAGUGCGCGUACCCAGCCGGACAGCCUCCCGCUGCCCCGUGCAUCACACCACUCCGCAUCAAGAGGCCCCCAGACGCCCCCGGGGGGAGGCGGCAGGCCCUGGGCCGAGCCCUGAGCGAUCCAGGAAGGCCAUCACCCUGCCCCAGCACAUGCACCACUCCCACGCCCCUGCAUGCAUCUCAGGACACCCAGAGGGGCGAGCAGCGCAGUGCAGCAGCCCCAGCGCGUCUGUGCUGCUCAGAACAAGAUGGGGGCUGCUCUCCAGUGCUGGGUCGCACAGUAGCAUCCAGGGGCUGUGAGCCCUCAGAGGACAGCAGAGCGCUGCACAGGCAGGCUGGGGACUGUCCCCCUGGCCUGAGUGAGAACAGAGAGGAGGGCGAUCGUGCAGACAGCCAGAGGCCUCCUCACAAGCCCCUUUCCAAGGCGGCAGACACCCAGCACCCAGGAGACACUGGACCCAAACCUCAGGGGGACUGCAUGUCUCAAGGGACCCCUCCGAAAACUGACACCCCCAGCCCAGCUCAGGCCUCAUCAGAAAACAUCCCUCCAACAAUCUUCUGUACAGAGCCACAGGCCAACCACAGUGGCAGGGAACCCCCCAUGAGCCCCUGGGACACCCCACAGCCCCCAGGCAGGACUUCACGGCUAGAGGGGUCUCCCCUUCCCCCCGGCCAAGCAGAGACACUCAGGCAGGUCCAUGAGCUGCUGGAGCUGGUGGCAGGGGCCAAGGGCCGCCUGGAGCUGUCCAGGGCCCGGGAGAAGCUGCUGUCUCAGGGAAGGCAGGCGGAGGAGCUGGCGGCUCCAGCCUGCAGCCCGAGCCACGCUUGGCCCCGGCACCAGGACAUCAGCAGCCUGCAGACGCGCCUGCAGAGCAUGGAGGACGUGCUGGAGACCAGCCAGAACACCAUCAAGGUGCUGCUGGAUGUCAUCCAGGACCUGGAGAAGAAGGAGGCCGAGCGGGACGGGAGACACUCCUACAGGACAGGACAGGACAUCGAAAACUGUGGGACCUGCCGAGACUGUGCCUGUAUCAUCUACAGCGUGGAGCACGACUUCCGGCUGCAGGAGGGUCAGUUCACGCGGGCGUGGAGUAUCGUCGGAUCGGAAUCGGGACACAGCUCACCCCAGACCAGCACUGCAGCACCCAGAAAUCAGGACUCCCCGCUGUCCCGCCCCCUUGCCCCUGCCAAGCCUGAGCACAAGAAGGGGCGACGUAAGUGCUUCUGGUUCCUGUGAGCUGGACAAUGGACAAGGAGAUCAC